GAAAACAGAAAGCUACCGAGUGACUCGGUAUAUGGGUAUUUACACAAGAGGAGGAGAAGCUCUGGUCUUAGGAGGCAUCCCAGGUGCAUUGUAGAUGGCGUGGUUGUUGAUUUUCUCGUCUGUGAUUGUAAUAUGGAUAGCUUCACUGUUCAAAUUACUCCAUGGUUCUUACUCACCUUCCAAGAGUGCUUUCUUAAAUGAAUCUAAUGAUGGUGGCGGUGGCAAGAAGAGAAAUGUGUUGCUGGUCGUUGCCCACCCAGAUGAUGAGUCCAUGUUCUUUACUCCAACAAUAAACUACCUUACUUCAAGACGGCAUACUAUUCACAUUUUAUGCUUGUCAGUUGGUGAUGCAGAUGGUAAAGGUAAUACUAGAAAAGAAGAGCUCUACCAGGCUUCUGCAACCCUCAAGGUUCCACAGCAACAAGUCAAGAUUCUGGACCAUCCAGAUCUACAGGAUGGUUUUGGCAACGUCUGGAACCACAAUUUAGUGGCAAAAAUUGUUGAAGAGGAAGUCAUAACUCAUGGAAUUGACACGAUACUUACUUUUGACAAUUAUGGAGUUUCGGGGCACUGUAACCACCGUGACGUGCAUUAUGGUGUAAGGAACCUUUUAAUUGCAUCGUCACAGAGGAAUUUUGAAGCCUGGGAACUUGUCAGUACUAAUAUAUUACGCAAGUAUAGCGGACCAAUCGAUAUAUGGUUGUCGAACUUAUAUUCCAUGCAAUGCUCAAAUGAAAUGUUGCAUUGCUUGGUAAAUGAGCAACCCCGAAAGAGCUUCCUGGCGAUGGCACAACACGCAAGCCAAUGGGUUUGGUUUCACAAGCUUUUUGUGGCAUUUUCCAGUUGCACAUAUGUGAACACGCUUAGAAAGAUGAAGUAGCUAGUGUGAUGUUGUACUUGUGUGUUGGUAAGUCUCGUCUCAUGGGUAUACGGCAGCUAGAGACAUGGUUAUCUUCUUCUAUAUGCUGGUUCUUUCUCUUUUUGAAAUAUGAUUAUUUGGAAAAUUGAUUAGAGACAUUACAAUGAAAGUGUCUGAUUCAGAAAAAAGAUAGAAUGAAGUGUUCUAUAUUCUUUUGCCCUUUUACUGUCCAUGAAAUAGAGACACAGCUAUUCAAAAAAAAAAAAAAAAAGAAGAAGAGACGCAGAGAAGCUUCUCUCUUAUUUUGAUUUGUGUAAUUGUUAAGCCUCUCUUCUAGUGCUUUAAAACUUUCAUCAUGGGAAUAAAUUGGUUGAUUUGUGCAAUUAUUUCGAAAGAUUAAAAAAAGUACAUAUAAGAAGAAUCGAGUUCCCUUGGUGAGUCAGAGGCUCAUUUUAAUUGAUGUUGUUGCAUGUACUUGUUCUUACUAAUUAGAUUGUGAUUCUCCUUUUGUCAUGUUGGGCACUGUACUGGUGGAAUCCCGAAAGACAAUCAAUUAGCUGAAUUUAUUUGGAAUAAGUACAUCUACUGGUGGUAUCUUAAUUUGCACCGUUGUGAUUCAGGUAAGGGCUUUAUUUUGGAACUUCAAAUGUUUCUCCCAAUUGCCCACUGCUGUAAAAGGGCCUUCCUCUUUUCUUUUCUUUCAGCAAGGAAAUCAUGGCUUCCUUAACGGAUUAUCUGAUAUUAUAUUCUUUAAAACACACUGCAAGUC